GCGGUGGCGGAGCGGCGGCGAUGAAGGUGGCGGUGGCCGGGUGCUGCCAUGGCGCCCUGGACAAGAUGUACGAGACGCUGGAGCUGUUGCAGCGGCGGCACAACGUGCGGCCCGACCUUCUCCUCUGCUGCGGCGACUUCCAGGCUGUCCGUAACGAGGCGGAUCUCCGUUGUAUGGCCGUUCCCGCUAAGUACCGCCACAUGCAGACCUUCUACCGGUACUACUCCGGUGAGAAGAAGGCUCCGGUCCUCACGGUGUUCAUCGGUGGGAAUCACGAAGCGUCCAACCACCUGCAGGAGCUGCCCUACGGAGGGUGGGUGGCCCCCAAUAUCUACUACCUCGGUUACGCCGGCGUGGUGCGGUUCCGCGGCGUGAGGAUUGGUGGCAUCUCGGGCAUCUUCAAGUCUCAUGAUUACCGGAAAGGCCACUUUGAGUGUCCACCAUACAACCAGCAAACAAUUAGAAGUGCUUACCACGUGAGGAACAUCGAAGUCUUCAAACUCAAGCAGUUAAAACAUCCAAUUGAUAUAUUUAUGUCCCACGACUGGCCAAGGAGCAUAUAUCACUACGGGAACAAGAAACAGCUUCUUAAAAUGAAAUCCUUCUUCCGUCAAGAAGUGGAGAGCAACACACUAGGCAGCCCCGCUGCUUCAGAGCUUCUGCAGCAUCUCAAACCCACCUACUGGUUCUCAGCACAUCUUCAUGUUAAAUUUGCAGCUUUCAUGCAACACCAGACAAACUCCAAAGAAGAGCUGCCAAAAGCAACAAAGUUCUUGGCUCUGGAUAAAUGCCUGCCACACAGGGACUUUCUGCAGAUAAUCGACGUAGAACACGAUGCUAACGCAGGUGACUCGCUGGAGUAUGAUGCUGAGUGGAUUGCAGUCCUCAAGGCCACCAACAGUCUUGUUAAUGUGACUCAGACCUCAUGGAACAUGCCUGAAAAUAACGGCCUCCAUGCAAAGUGGGAUUACAGUGCGACGGAAGAAGCCAUCAAAGAAGUGUUAGAAGAGCUGAAUCAUAACCUCAAAAUUCCUUGCAACUUCACACUGACAGCUGCUUGUUAUGAUCCCAGCAAGCCCCAGAAAAAGGUAGAACCAGUUCAUACCAUCAAUCCACAGACCACUGAGUUUUGUGCCCAGUUUGGCCUCACUGACAUCAACAACAGGAUCCAGCAAGCUAAAGAAGAGGGCUCGGUACGAGGAGAACACGAAGAGGAGGAGGAGGAAGAGGAGAUGGACAGUACUGGGUCAGCAGAGGAACCCAGCGAGUAUAAUACAGAUAAUUCUGGACUUUCAUCCAUUAAUCCAGAUGAAAUAAUGCUGGAUGAAGAAGGUGGUGAUGAAGACUUGAGUACAUGUUCUGUAGAUCCUUCCCCUGAUCAUCCUCCUGACUUCUCUGCAAGUUUUUCUGACAUCCGGAUCAUGCCGGAUUCCAUGGCGGUAUCGUCUGAUGAUGCUAUGGACUCCACUAACGAGGAGCUGGAGAAAUCUGGAGCGAGUAAAGAGGUGGAAGAGAAGAGCUUAAAUGAAAGACCAUUAAAGCGCAUCAGCGGUGACGAAAAUGGGAACAGCGGCAUUAAAAAAAUUAAGAGAAGGAAUCAAGCUAUCUACGCUGCAGAGGAUGAAGAUAAAACAGAAUGAUACUUCAUGUGAUGUAGAAUUGAGUUCUCUCCCUGCCUUUUUUUUAUGGGAAGGUGGUGAGGACCGUGGUGGGCUACUCGUGCUUUUAAUGUUACUUGCUCUUAUUCACGUUACUUUCUUAAGCUUGAAGAGGCUGUAGGUGCCUCUGGCAGGGAGGGAGAUUUAUCCAGAUUAAACAUGGAAGUCAGAAGCAGACUUCUCCAGGAAAUUACUUUGUCAAAGAAUUUAAAUCUUGUGUAUAAUCAGUUGAUUUUACUUCGGUUCUCGGUUAUUAGUGUGUACUACGUAAGAAAAUGACUCUUAAACUAUAACUCAAGACAAAGUGAGAGGAUGUCCGACUUACAAGAUCGAAAGAUUUUAUUUUAUUGCUUUUUGUCUCAUUUUAUACUGAACUUUUAAUACAAAGUAGCAUAUGCAAUGACUCCAUGAACUAAAUUGGCAAAUAGAAUUCCCAUGAUAACAAAACAGCAAUAGAAGAGUGAAGAUUUUUGUUUCUGGUGAUAUUCCUGCCAUAGAAAAACUUCACGGUCAUAAACAAAACAAUGUGUGUUGUCUGGUAUUGGUUUUUAAUUACAGUUCUGAUAGGGAACCAAGUCUCUUAAUUUGAAGCAUGACAGAAUGCAUCUCUGUUCUUAAAACCUCACUUGUGUGCUGUUUCUCAAAACUUGGGAUCAAUGUCUUAAAAUUAAAAUGCAAGUAGUUAGGAUGAGCAGCUUCCUACAUGCAGACAUCAUCACUGUCUCAAU